AUAUCAAAAUAUAACCCACAGAAUCCUAAUCUCCAUUUUCGUUUUCAUUGAUUCAUUCUCGAUUUACACACACCAAAUUCUCCUCAUUUCCUCUCUUUUUACAGCGUAAAAAAGCAAUCAGUAUAUAGCUCAGAAGAGAGACAAAGAAGAAACAGAGCUCAAAGUCCCCAAAAGUUUACCUAUUUGCACCCCUCAGAUGCCAAAUCCAUCAUCGCCAAUACAACUGUUUGUUACCGGAGGUGAUUGUGAGAGAUCGCCUAAUGGCUCAAAUUCAAAGGUUCCUGGCAAUGACGAGCUAAGAACUAGCUCGGCCACGUCACCGGAGAGGUCAGAUUUGUUGUUUGCUAUGCAAAGGGUAAGAGAAUUAGCUGCGGAGGUGAGGAAUCGGAUCGAAUUGAAGAGACCUCGAGAGAUGACCCCUUUUUUUAGGAUCAGGUGUAGGAAAAAGAAUAGGCUGAUCGGAUUUCGAUGCAGGUAUGGAGAAAUGUUCUGUUCCGAGCAUAGAUAUUCUAUUCGACACGAUUGUACCCACGACUACAAAGCGACUGGCCAGGAAGCUAUAGCCAAGGAAAAUCCCAUUGUAAAAGCUACAAAUCCUCAAGGCUUGAGGUAAAAAAAAAAUGAAGAUCUAGAAUUAGGUAGAAUUUGUAAAUUCGAUAAACUAAUGAGGGUAUUGUUGUCAUUUUAUGAUUAUUGUAAUGGUAAUUGAUCUUCCUUAUUUUGCAA